AUGUCUCCAGCGCUUUUCGACACCAGGAGGAGCAACUCCGUCUCCCAAGAAACCACCACCGAGCGCCGCAAGUCCAACGGCUUUCUGUUCCUGAACAACAGAUUCAAGAGAGCUGCCACCACAAAGACCACCAACGAGAACGCCACCUCCACUCCCCCGACGCCCACUUUCGGCCCGGUCAAGGAUGGAGCCAACGGCAACGGCAACGGCAAUGGCUUUUUCAAGCGCACCGACUCUUCGCGGAGUAUCCCGUCUCUGGCUCAGGUUGGCAACGACGAAGCUCCCGCCCAGCGACCCAUGACCGCCAUGCCCGGCCGUGAGAAGCCCUUCCUUGACAACAACAACAAGGAGCCCGUGAACGGCGAGAAGAAGGAGACCAACGGAGCCCCCGAGGUCGGACCCAAGGGGGAGUCUGAGCCCGCUGCUGCGCCUGCACCCGAGACAAACGGCAACGGUGCCGAGCCUGCUUCCGCGGCUGAUCACCUCAAGGUUGAGAGCACCGCCGACGCCCACCCCACCGAGGACGAGGGUGAGUCAUCCUCUGACGAGGAGGAAGAGGAGGACAAGAACGAUGCCGAGGCCCAGGAGUCUCAGGGUGCUCAACUUGCUACCCGUGCCGUCGUCGUUCCCGCCCGUGUCCCUACUCCCGAGGGCGACAGGAAGAUCUCGUACCACGAGGACACCGACCUUCACAUCAAGGUCAGGGAUGCCAGCGGUGUUCCCACCGUGUUCUCCGUCCGCGCCGCGGCUCUCGCCACCGCUUCGCGCGUCUUCAGAGAUCAGCUUGCGGGCAACACCGAGGGCAUCAUCGAGCUCAACUCUGCCGCAGACACCACCAGCGGCCUCGACACCCUCUUCUCGAUCGCCCACUUCAAGUUCCAUCAGCUCCCCACCAGGCCUAACGUCGACGUCCUCUACGACCUUGCCCUGGCCUCCGACAAGUAUGCCGCCACGCAUCUGCUGGUGCCCUUCAUGAAGGACUGGAUCGUCUCCCUGAACCGCCACGUCCUCAUGGCUGGCGCCCGCAACGACGAGGACAAGACUCUCGUCCUGAGCUGGGUCUUUGGCGAGGCCCGCUGGUUCAGCCGCGUCCUCUCCAAGGCUGCCUACAAGUCCCGCCUGGGUCCCGACGGCACCCUCCAGGACUCCAAGGGCCGCCCGUGGAAGGAGCAGCCCAUCUCCGAGGAGGUCAUCGCCAUGCUGACCGCCACCCGCGCCGAGGCCAUUGACAAGAUCAUCAAGGCCGUCAGCAACCCCGUCCACCGCCUGCUCAACCCCUCGUGCUACCCCGGUGAGGAGAUCCGCUACUGCCACGCCGGCACCGACGACGGCACCGUCGAGGACUGCGAGCAGCUCCUGCUCGGAUCAGCCAUCAUGGGCCUGACCAAGGCGAGACUCUGGCCUGCGCCCGAGCCCGCCAAGAUCAAGGUCAGCGCCGUCGAGCUCGCGAGAGCCUACAGCGAGGUCCGCAUCCGCCGCUACCAGACCCCCGGCCUGCGCUUCAGGGACAGCCAGCCCGACGGCGCGCCCGUCGAGGACCUCCACGCCAAGUGCGGCUUCGGCCACCGCGAGGCGCUCGAGAAAAUCCUCAACACGCCCGCCAAGGUCGGCUCCGGUGUCGUCAGCCAGCUGAUCACCCGGGCCAAGAAGUCCGGCGCGUUCGGCGAGGAUCUCUUCUCCGACCUGAAGGAGUAUGUUCAGGAUGACGGUGUUGCUGUUGAGGGCGAGGACCUGAAGACGGACCCCGUCCACUACAAGCAGGUCCGUGACAGGACCAACGGCGUCCUUGCCAGCAAGGUUCCGGCUGAUGAUGAUGACGAGGAGGAUGACGAGGAUACCUCCAGCUCCGACAGCGAUGAUGAGUAA